GAGAGGUUCUCAGGUCUCCCCGGCACAUACACACGGAUAGGAUCUCUAUGCGGCCGAUGCUGUGAACCGGAGAGAAUGAGAAACGUGUGAAUAUCCACUCAAGUUUAUAUGUAGUUGCAGCAACAUAAGGAAACGUGCCCAGAGUUGAUGUUUUAGAGCACGUGUCUGUCGCUUAGCACAUUUGAAUAGGAAAGAAAGCAAGCCAGGUAAUGAACUGCUACUCGGACUCGUAACUAACGUUGUAAGGCAAAUGUUCAGCGACAGCUAGCCAACAACUGGAAUAGGGACAUAAGCGUGGCUCCACACAAAAGGACUCAGACUUGAGUGAGCGACUGUGCGAAGAGUGAGAAAUGUUUAAAUGAACAAGGAACGGAUGAUUGGAUGGUGGACGGAGUGAUGCGACCUCUCGGAGGAGUUUAACGAGACAAUUGAUAACUGUUUUUCAACUGAAACACCGUUAAGACUCGAUAGGGACAGUUUGUUUAGCAAAGCACUGCCCAACAAAGUCUUUUACGCUCAUGUGAAGAGUGCAAUUAAUUCACAGUAUACCAGACGGCAACUUCAUUCAAUAGAGACCCUGAAUGUGACGUCACAGCUCAUAGUCAAUGGUCGUGACGGGCCAUGCCAUCGGUGAUGGAGCGAUCGGGCUCUGGUGUUCUGUCCCGAAGCAGGGCUAAAACCGUCACGAAUGGCAGCAGCCAGCACUCCGAGGACGAGAGCAGUGAUGAGGAACACCCACGUGACAGUAUGAUUCGCGUUGGCGGGGACUACCAGGCACAGAUCCCGGAAUACAAGCCAGACUGCGCAUCUCACUGUAGUGAGAAGGACCAGAGGAGCAUGCUGGUGUGGUCACCCAACAGCCAAGUGUCUGAUGCCAUGUUGGAUGAGUACAUUCUGCUGGCCAAAGAGAAGCAUGGGUACAACAUGGAACAGGCUCUUGGCAUGCUCCUGUGGCACAAGCAUGAUGUGGAGAAGUCACUGGCCGAUCUGGCCAACUUCACUCCCUUUCCUGAUGAGUGGACAUUGGAAGACAAAGUUCUCUUCGAACAGGCCUUCAGUUUCCACGGCAAGAGCUUCCAUCGCAUCCAACAGAUGCUGCCUGACAAACUGAUCUCAUGUCUGGUGAAAUACUACUAUUCCUGGAAGAAAACCAGAACCCGGACCAGCGUCAUGGACCGCCAAGCACGCAAGCUCCUCAGCAAAAGAGGAAAGGAUGAGAGUAAUGAUGAGAUAGAGGAAGGAGAUCCAGGCAGCGAUAGUGACUUUGACAUUAACGCCAGGAAAGAGUCUGCAAAGCAGAACCCUGGAAAGGGAGGAGGAGGAGGGAGCGAUAAGGACCCAAGCAAGACUGGUCCAAUACGGAAAGAGAACCAGGGUGCACAGUAUCGACACCAUCCUCUACGGGCUCGCCGGAGACCUCCUAAAGGGAUGUACCUGGAGCAGGAGGACAUUGUUGCCGUCUCGGCCUCCACUGACUCAGGAACUCUUACGAUUAGACAGGUGGACACACAGCUGGUGUCACUUAAGAGACAGGUCCAAAGUAUCAAGCAAACCAACAGCAUGCUGAAGCACAACAUAAGUGAUGGAAUUGAUGGCGUGAGACCAGCAGAGCCCACCCAAAAAAUGAACUCGCGUUGGUCGACAGAGGAGCAGCUCCUGGCUGUUCAGGCUGUCCGCCGUUACGGCAAAGACUUUGCAGCCAUAGCAGACGUGAUUGGCAACAAGACGGUAGCACAGGUGAGCUCAUUCUUUGUGAGCUACCGAAGACGCUUCAAUCUUGAGGAGGUGCUGCGUGAAUGGCAGGCAGAACAGGAUGUGGUUCAGGGCAGCAGGGGGAGAACGGCAGAAGUGGAGCUGAAUGGGUCGACGGGAGUGGAAGAUGAUGAGGCGAGGAUGGACGGUAUCUCUCCCCCUCACUCUGACAGUCCCCUGCCCUCCUCUGACACCAGUGUUACUGGGAACACCAACUCGGCCCAGUCUUUCACCCAACCUCCACCGUUAUUGCGCCCUGCUCCCCCCGCAGCGCCUCCCAGUCUGCUCCGGCAGCCUCCCCCAUUACAAACGCGACCUCUACAAAACCGGACACCCCACAACCACCCUCCCCCUCCUCUUAUCAGACCCGCAGUGGCAUCAUCGCUCCACCAGGGGGCACUGAGGAACUCUCUAGACUCCUCUACCGGACAGCUGCCGCCCUCUCUGGUGGGACUGAAGCUGGAAUCCCCCCAGUCACACUGAUCGUGGUGUAGCUGUUGCCCUUUUACAAUGAUGUAGGAGUUUUAGUGACCCGAAUUCUUUGAUCAAUGGAGAAUUUACAAAUGUGGUUUGAAGUCUGUGUGAAAGGGCAAUGUUAAAGAAAUGGAAUAAAAACAGAGGUGUACAGGAAGCAAUGCUGGGUUGGAAAUGCACCAAAACACAUUUAGUGAGUUAGGUCAGAGAUGGCUAACAUGCAAAUCACAGAGGGAAUUAUGCAGUAUGAACCUUCCGUAUACAUGCAUUUACAUAAAAAACUCAGUCUUGCCAUAAACCUUACUGCACCACAAACUCACCUGUCCUCAGGUUCUACAGUUAUACCUCAUUACCAAUCCCAAGCACAGCUACAGCUAUUGAACACCAUCUGUCAUAGAAAGUUCGGCAACAAUGUAGAGAAGUUUGAAUUUUAACCAAAAUUAAGAGGUAAAAAACCUUGUACACUGGAUUGCUAUAUCAAUUAAAACUGUCAUGAGGACAGUCACGUGAGUUCCUUCCACCAUCUCUAUGGCAACAGCUGCACAUCAUCUAGUGUGUGUGACUACAGAGUGUUGUGAACUGCACCUGGUAUCAGGAAACUGGGAAAUUGGGUUUACUCUCCCAUUGAAGAGCCAUGAUCAGAGAAUCGGACUGGGUGAAGCAGUUUUUCUUGUUUGUAAGAUUAGAUAUUGUUAGGUAGUGAAUUUAUGUAGUACUAGGUAAUAUUGACUAAGCACUCGAUGACGCGGAAUACUUGAUUGAUUGUUGCAACUCUGAAUACACUGAGUUUAUAUUGCUCUUAAAGGCACAAACGUGAGCCGUUGAAACGCUAAUGAUGUCUGAAAACGCUUGCUGUUAAGGAGAAUUCUCGUUUCUUCCAAAACGUUGUACGUGAAAACUGUUUACAUGUGAAAUGGAUUUGCUUGUGAUUAUUUUUGGUUGUUUUCAGAUUUUUUUCAAAAUAAAGGAAAAAUGACCAAAUGAGCACGUUACAUGUUGCAUACAAA